GUCACCACAUCAUGUCAAACAACUACCAACUAUGAGGUGCCUCCCACUCCUCAGCUGCCAUUAAAGCAUGUAGAUACACCGGGAUCUACGAGGUCCUGCAAGAGCGUCGAGAUAAGGCGAAAGCAGUCACGGAGUCAGAGUGUGGUUCAGGCCAUGGAGGAGAGCUAUGAGGUGGACCUGGUCUACAUCACGGAGAGGAUCAUCUCCGUCUCUUUCCCCGCCGCCGCCGAGGAGCACAGCUACACCACCCACCUCAAGGAGGUGGCGACGAUGCUGCGGUCCAAACACGGCGAACAUUAUCUGAUGCUCAACCUGAGCGAGCAGAGGAACGACAUAUCAAAGUUAAACCACAAGGUUCUGGAGUUUGGCUGGCCAGACCACCAUGCACCAGCGCUGGACAAAAUCUGCAGCAUGUGCAAGGCCAUCGACACGUGGCUCAAUGGAGACCCACGCAACGUGGUUGUAUUACACAACAAGGGGAACCGAGGUCGAACGGGGGUGGUGGUGGCUGCGUACAUGCACUACAGCAACAUAUCUGCAAGUGCUGACCAGGCGUUGGACAGGUUUGCCAUGAGGCGCUUCUACGAGGACAAAGCACUUCCUGUGGGUCAGCCAUCGCAGAAAAGGUAUGUGCGAUACUUCAACGGCCUCCUGUCCGGACACAUAAAAAUCAACAACAAGCCUCUGUUCCUGCAUCAUGUUAUCAUGCACGGCAUACCCAACUUUGAGUCCAAAGGAGGCUGCCGUCCUUUCCUGAAGAUCUACCAGGCAAUGCAACCAGUCUAUACGUCAGGAAUAUACAACGUGCAAGGGGACAGCAACACCAGUAUCUGCAUCACUAUCGAACCAGGCCUGCUUCUGAAGGGAGACAUCUUGCUGAAGUGUUACCACAAGAGGUACAGAAGCCCGAUCAGAGAUGUGGUGUUCAGGGUGCAGUUCCACACUUGCGCCAUCCACGACCUGGGAGUUGUUUUCGGGAAGAAUGAGCUGGACGAGACCUUCAAAGAUGAGAGGUUUCCAGAGUAUGGCAAGGUGGAGUUUGUCUUCUCAUAUGGACCGGAAAAAAUCAGAGGCCUGGGCCACCUGGAGAACGGGCCGAGCGUCUCUGUGGACUACAACACCCAGGAUCCACUGAUCCGCUGGGACUCUUAUGAUAACUUCAGCCAUCGCUGUGAGGACACUGCAGAUGGCGAGCACGAUGUUGUUCAUACCCAAGGUCCACUUGAUGGAAGCCUAUAUGCCCGGGUCCGCAAGAAAGACUCCCUGGAGGGAGUUGUCACCAUCAACGGCCUCCCAGUCCAUGAAAACCCCUUGACCAGUGCCAAGAACUCGUUGCAAAACGCCAACCAUCCCCUCCAAACCGCUGACCAGACACUUCCUGUGGCAGGCCACGCCUCCCUCCCUGCUGUCGACCACACCCUCUCCGUAAGCAGCGACUCAGGCAACUCUACCGCAUCCAUCAAGACCGAUCGCACUGAUGAGCACAGCCAGUCCGUGCAGAACGCUGUGAACCACAACAACCCGACAGUGACCAACCCCCCACUCAGCCCACAGGAGAAGAGAGAGCUCGAUCAGCUUCUGAGCGGCCUUGAGGCGCCGACUCAUCAACGGCAAGCCUACCUGUCCACAUCCACCAGUCCAGGAGGUGGAGUUCGACACCUGGUCCCGGCACAGGUGCACGUCAACGGGGGCCACACCAGGCUGGUGGGUGCCCCUUCAACUGAGGAGCGGGAGACAGAUAUUCUAGACGACGAGCUGCCCAAUAGCCAAGAGGGCAACAGUGUGGACAGCUUGGGCACAAUUUCUUCCCUAGACGGCCAGGCGACACCAGCUGACCUCUACUACCCGUCACAGACACCUGUCAGCGGGCAGAACGACGGGCCGUACCUUGAGAGAGGCGUUCUUGGGGAAAAGUUGACAGAAAUGCCUGUGCAUGGAGUGCGAACUCCCACGGCGAUGCAGGAGAGGUCUGUGGACUCUGCAUCACCACAAGGGGGAUACAACAACUACCAGAACGGAGGGGGGAUGUACCACUCGCAGUCGUUCGGGAAUCCGCCACCCAGCAGCCCUGAAACCAAUCCUAAACUGAUGCCCAGGGCCCCGGAGAGGAGCACCAGUAGCCGAGAGGCCGUUCAAAGAGGUCUCAACACUUGGCACCAGUAUAGCCUCCCAGAUGAUCCGUUCGGCCCUCCUCUCCAGUCAACACAUAGCUUGCCCCACUUCCCCACCCCAGCCUCGCAGCGGGACAUUGAGCAGUCCAUCGAGGCACUCAACAUGCUCAUGCUUGACCUGGACCCAAUCAACUCCCACAUGUCCAAGUCCCACAGUGCGCCCCCCGGGGACAACAACCUGAAUUCAUCACAGGCGCCCUUCUCCCAGACCCUUGCCAGACCCUCGUACCAAGCGGACUCUGCCAUCCACGGCUACAACAACUCCGGGUCAGUCAACAAUUCCUUUCACCGAUCGGCUGGGAGAGUGUCAACGUUGCCCAACCAGAGCCCAGUUAUGGAGUCUCCAGUCUAUUCUCCCCAGAGGCCCAACGCCAGCUACCAACACCAAAACACCACCCCAACACACACCCCUGAGCCCUACCUCCACCCACGCCAACCAGCCCACCACUACCCCACUGAUCCCUCUUCUAAUCUGAACCAGCAGGCACCGCUGAAGCCUGUGAACUCAUACCCAAGCGGCGGGGUUUCCCACUCCCCAGACCUGCAGGGUUCGUCUCCUUACCCAGGCUACAGUGCUUCCUCUUCCCCUCUCCCCGCUCUCACCCCCCAGCCCAAGGAUACCUCUUCUUCCUCCUUGGCCCGAGAGCAAGAUGCAGAGGAGGAGACACUAAACUUGGAAGGUCUGGUGGCUCACCGCAUCGCUGGAGUUCGCUCCAGAGGGAUGACCCCAGAAGUGACGCAAGAGAUGGGCCGGCGUCGGACCACCAGCGAGGGACAGUACCAGAGCGGCCAUGACAAUCCGCCGACAAGUCAUUCACCAGACUUUGCCAACAACCUGGCCCUUAACCCAGGAGGAAGACCCAGAGAGGGUCCCAUGCACAGCUACCGGGAGGCGUUUGAGGACGACAAGGCGGACGGUUUCAACAGUCCAACUUUUGGAGGCGGUGCUCGCUCUCCUCCAGGUCUGGCCAAGACUCCUUUGUCAACGCUGGGACUGAAGCCACAUCAACACGGUGGAUCAGAUAAUCGCAGUUUUGGGGACUCCAGAGCACAAGCGUUCAACACUCCUCUCUCCUCCAGCAGUCCAAUUCACAGCACUGAUGGAAGGAGGAUUGGAUCUUCGGAUGCCCCCCCUCACAGCCCCGCCCUCUCCUACCCCCACAGACCAGCUUCCCCCGAGGGCUCCCAGGUCAACAUCAUGGGCGUCCACACCGUCCCUGGCAGCCCCAACACCCUCCACCGCACAGUGGCCACCAACACGCCACCAAGCCCCGCCCUACAGAGACGCCUGGGUCAAGCCAGCCCCUCGCUGGCCAGACACCCGCCUCCGGCCGGCGUCCCCUCCAGCCCUCUGAUCGGCAGAAGCCCUAAAAUAGUAGCCGCUGGUGUGCCUCCCAGCCCCCUGAUGGGGCGCCGCACAGCAGCGAGCGGCCACAGCACACCUGAUGAGCUGGGGGCUGCUUCUCGCCAGGGGAGCGCCCAGCCGCCCUCCACGCCCGCCUUCCCCGUCUCCCCGCAGCUGCCGGAGAAGAGGCACAUGUCGAGUGGAGACGCGGAGAGGAUGGACAACAAUAACCUGACACCGACACCGGCCAGCGGAGGCAGCACACCAAAUCUGUCUGGCACUCACAUGCUCCCAGACAUCUCCAAGUCCAUAUAUGAUGGUUAUCCAGACAUUAAGAUGAAUGUCAAGUUUGUCCAGGACACCUCCAAGUUCUGGUACAAGCCAGACAUCUCCAGAGAGCAAGCCAUCAACCUGUUGAAGGACAGGGAGCCCGGGGCGUUCAUCAUCAGGGACAGCCAUUCCUUCCGCGGGGCCUACGGUCUGGCCAUGAAGGUGGCCUGCCCCCCGCCGACUGUCCAACAAAACAAAAAAGUUGGCGACUUGACUAACGAGCUGGUGAGGCACUUCCUGAUUGAGACGAGCCCUAAGGGCGUCCGUCUGAAGGGUUGUCCCAACGAACCCUACUUUGGUUGUCUCUCUGCCCUGGUGUACCAGCACUCGAUGACUCCUCUGGCUCUGCCCUGUAAGCUGAUGAUCCCCACCAAAGACCCAAACGAAGAGGCGUUGGAGCUUGCCACGCCCACUGAUCCAGUCGUUGAACUUCUCAAGCAGGGAGCAGUCCAGAAGGUUCCUGAGGAAGCCCAUGCGUGCAAUGUCCUCUACAUCAACUCUGUCGACAUGGAAUCUCUCACGGGGCCUCAGGCCAUUGCCAAAGCGAUCAGUCAGACGCUGGCGACCAACCCUCUGCCCGCUGCGACCACCGUCCACUUCAAGGCGUCUGCGCAGGGCAUCACGCUCACUGACAGUCAGAGGAAACUUUUCUUCAGGCGACAUUAUCCCAUCAACACGAUAACCUACUGUGACACUGAUCCCCAGGACAGAAAAUGGGGCAAAGAAGGAGGUGGCUCAGUGAAGCUUUUCGGAUUCGUCGCAAGGAAACAAGGAAGCACAACAGACAAUGUCAGCCACCUGUUCGCUGAGCUGGACAUAGACCAGCCCGCCUCCGCCAUCGUCAGCUUUGUCUCCAAGAUGAUGAAACGGUGAAACCCCCCAGCGUGUAAAUGGCGGUGGCCAUUUAGAAAUCUUCGUCUGCGUCUUUUUGGCCAGGACUGGAUGGCGUCCCCUUUUUUUUUCUGUUUCCUGUUGGUUUGUUUCUGUUUCCUUCCUCUCUUUUUUUCUCUCUGCCUUGCUGGUUUGUCUUGACUUUGGUCUUUUUUGGAAGAGUCUAUUUGAAGGAUUUGGUGUGGAUCCAAAGUGGCGCUAGAGGAUGUGUGGUGUGGAGCUGUGAACGUGACAAACAUGGAGGCCAUUGAAGGGAGAGAAUUUAUUCACAGGGUAACCUGUACUAAAAGAAAAUGCUAGCUAAAGACUAAAGGAACAAUGCUAAGUUUAGUCGGGGAACAUGUAAGGACUUGUAUGUUUCAGGGUUUUCUGUUGUCGUUUUGAUUGAUUUGAUUUACCAAAGGUAGUUGCAAUACAAGUGCAAGAAUGAUGUAGCUAUUAAGCCAUUAUUAUUUCCUCUUUUCAAAAGAUGAAGUGUUGAACAAAACAAAAAAAAAAAAAGAAAAGAAAUACGGUUUCUUCUUGAACUUGUCUUCAGGAAAAAAGUUGGCCUUGAUGGCUUUUAGCAAAACAGUGUCUGAAGACCUUAUGCAUGUUAGCUUGAUCUUUAAGCUUGGUUCUUCUACCUUCCACAAAAGUCAUUGUGAAAUCCUUAGAGUGGUCUUUUCCAGGUCUGUUGUGUGUUGGAAAGGGCUCUGCAGUGAAACAAUGACUGAUCUAAACUGCGCAUAGCAGACCAGACUCAAACCCCCCCCCCCCCCCCGCCCCCGCCACGCUAAGGUCACCGCACUUUGUGUCAGUGCAGCCACACUUGCAUCACCUCGGCCUCUGGUCCAAGCCCGAUCGCUCUCUCUCUCCCUUUCUCUCUCAAAACCCGCUUAUUGGAUUACUCUCGCCUGAAAUCAGCAAGCUCCUGAUAGCAUGGCAGACGGAGAGAGGAAGA